CGGUCUCCUGCUCCCCCGGGGCCGCGGCUCCGCGGAGCGCAGCGGGGGCCGGGAUGCCGAGCCGACCCCCCGCCGGUCCUUACGGGGGGACACCCGAGGACGGUCCGGCGGGGUGUGCGGAUCCUCCCCUUCCCCCGGCGGGUGCGGGUCCGGUGCGGGUCCUGCCAGCGCUGCGGGUGCUCCGCAGCCCGGCGAGAGUUAACGGCGGAGCCGCCUCUCCAUUGGCGGCCGGCGGAGCGGCUGCGGAACCCGCGUUUAUAACCGCCGCCGCCCUCCGCCGGCACCGCGGCCGGGCUCCAUGCCGCGCCGGCCGGCAUGCCCAGCCCGCUGCCGCCCUUCCUCGCCCUCCUCUGCUUCGGGGCGACGACCCUCACGGUUCCGCUCGCCCACGCCGGGCCGGGGGCGGAGGAGCCGCCGUGGUGCCCCUACAAGGUGUUGGGGGGCGAGGGGGCGGCGGGGGGGCGGCUCUGCUUCCGUCCGCCGGCCCGCGGCUUCCAGUGCGCGGCUCGGGCUUGCCGCGCCCACCGCUCGCCCGGCGGCGCUUUGGUGGCCAACGUGCUGGCCAACGGCAGCGUGCUGCUGCAGUGGGGGCCGCCGCGCCCCGCCGCCGGCCUCCGCGGCUUCGCCCUCAACUGCUCCUGGGACGGCACCUACACCCGCUUCCCCUGCGACAGCGUGGAGCUGGGGGCCGCCUGUCGCGACUACCUGCUGCCCGAGGCGCACGGCAGCGUGCGGUACCGCCUCUGCCUGCAGCCCCGCUACGCCCCGCCGCGCCCCGCACCGCCCGCCCAGUGCGUGGAGUUCCGCCUGGAGCCGGCCGCCAUGCGGGACAUCGUCGUCGCCAUGACGGCCGUGGGGGGCUCCAUCUGCGUCAUGCUGGUCUUCAUCUGCCUGCUGGUGGCCUACAUCACCGAGAACCUCAUGAGCCCGGCCCUCGGCGGGGCCGCCGCCGCCGCCGCCGCCCCGCAUCGCGCCUAAGCCCGGCGGCGGCUCCCACCGCACCGCCCGCCGCGCAGCCGCUUCCGCGCCCCGGCUCCUCCCGGCGAGGGGGGCGAGGUGCCGCCAACCCCCUUCUCGCCAGCCGUUGUCGCCCAGGAAGCGUUGGGUGGCUCGCGUUUGCUUUUCCCAAACUUGCAGGAUUUGGGGGUUUGGGGUUUUGGGGGGGUUUUUUGGAGAUCUGCGUCCUCCGAGGGCGGCUUUUCAGUGGUUACGCGUGGGAUCUCGGUGGAUUAAAAGUAAAUAAUGGCAAGGGUCCACAAGUGCCAGAAAAAUGCCUGUUUUGUAAAGCAAGUGACAGAUCUGACGGAGGGCCUGUUUGAGAAGACUCUCCGGAACACCCUUAUUUUAAGCCUAAAUCCCCCGGCUCGUAGGCGCGUGCUGGAGUUCUCAGGAUCCUGAGGGGGAAUGUUGUUUAAAGUCUGUGGGAGAACAGACCGGUGGAACCACGAACCCCAUAGCUAAGUGCACGCGGGAUUCAAAGCCCACCUAAAUCUCCUGACUUAAGUGGGUUUUGUAUCGUGCCUUACGCUGCUCACGAAUUCUGGGACCCGGGCUGGCCACUGUCCGACGCAGCUGGGGUUUGCUGGGCAGCUGGAGCGGCCACCAGCAGCCAACGCCGACUAAACCUGCCGUUCUCCCUUUAGAGCUGUCCUGUCGGUAGUUUCCGCAAAGAGCAAUGCUAAAGGGACAAAUUUAGUACGAAAAUGGCAUUUUGUUGUGCAAGUAUGAACCGAUCCUUAGUUAUAAAACCAGUACAGUGUAAAUGAGCACCGUCACUGCCCCCUGAAAUCCCAUUUUUUAGGAACGCCGUGCGCAGCUGCACUAAGGCAAAAGCGUCUUCAACACAGAACUCACUAAUGUUGUAGCCGAGUGUUUUGAGCGUAGGAACACUCCUUGUUAACUGCUCACUCAGUGCUGUAGUCAGUAAGGUUUUAGCCAUAUUCUAGUAUUAAUUCUAUUGUGCCUUAGUGCUGAGAAUUCGUCCCAUUUAUAUCGGUGUAUCUCUUCCUGUAGUCUUCGUGGACAACUGUAUCUCCCCGAGUGUUUCUGUCUCUGGAACUAGUGGUUGUUGGUUUGUUUGUUCGGUUGUUUGUUUUUUUUUUAAAAAAAACAAACUUAGGCCGUUCAUUACUUGAACUUUAAUAGAUACACAAAAUAGUGUCAGUUACCAUCUGAGACGUAUUUAUUUAGUGAGCUAGUUUUUAUUUAGUGUUGUUUGUGUGUAGUUGACUGCUGUCAUAGAAAAUGACUUUAUAUCACUUAAACUGAGCACCUAAAGCAAAAGUAGGGGAGCAGCUCUUCUGUAAAGGGGUAUUGCUAUUAACAUACAUCAGUUUCGUAGGUAAUCUGUUUGUGUAAAUGUUUAUCGCUGUAUGCUUCUCUUUGUGGAAGUAGUUUGUGAAGUAUAAACUUGCUGGUAGAGGGUAAAUAUAGAACGUAUAUGGAAUCCCUAAUAAAAUGCAGUCUUUGUACUAACCAUAAUCCCUUCAAUAAUUUGAGAGUGGCUGAGAAACUGAAGGUCUACAUUUCAUCAGGCAGAAAUACCUUUUAUUUGUUUGUUAUUCUUGCUUUGUUUUCUUUCUCACGUGCAGCGGAAUAAUUAUCAGUGGUUUCUUUUUAUUAACUUGCCUGUGUACUUGAUUUAAGCAGCCUGACGGUAUCUAGCAUCGCCGUAACAGAAGGACGGUCUCAUUCUUCGAUGCUGAAGGACGAUGGCAGAAUUUUUCUUUUUUUAUCCCUAAGGAGAUUGACUGCUGGAAGAAAAGGCAAUCGGUUUUUAAGAACAUUAAGACAAAUUGUAUCUAGCGGUUUAGUUCAGUGAAUUUAAACACAGAGUGAAUUUGGGCCAAAGGUCUUUUAAAGGUUUCGAGUCAGUCUUUCCCGUAGCCGGUUCUGCGCAGGACUAUUAGCGUGGCACUGAUUUUGUAUAUCUCUGUCAGCUUCUGUCAACCAGUGUUACUCUUCUGUUCCUCAUCUUGUCGUGAAUUGCCAGAUGUGAAAAUUAAAUGUAUAAAUAAUGAACCUUGUACCACCUUGGCGCUGACCUUAAUAAAUUAAGAGAAUAACGAAAAGAAAU